AUGUCGGCCAGGCCGACACUAACAUCCAAACCCGACGACAUCCGCCACGGUUCUCGCCUGCAAACGAACUACCUACAACCCCUUCUCCCGUGGUUCAGAGUCCAUGAGAUAGUACCCCGAACCAGAGAAAACAGAAGUUACAUUCAGAUACCAUCCUCGCUCAGCUUACUUUCCCAAUUCAACGCUCCUCGCCCACCACACACAACCAUCAUCCAAUCCCAAUGCACUCUUCUCUCCGCCUACCAAUUGAUACACUCCAGAGUCCAACACUUCAAUUUGAUCCUCCUAUUGGCCCAGAAAUUCAAUAAUCAUGUGUGGAUGCCUAACACAAAAGACAAAGAACGGCAGAAGAGGAAGGGGAAAGCGGCCUGGCCUGACCUUCUGGCCUGGCCGCCCGCGCCCCAGGCCUGCAUCUCGAUUCUGUACUCUGCGGCGCAGGAGAACCCCCCUUUCGCCUCGUGCUCCGUAAUUCUUGCUCCCCUCUUCCCGUCUGUCUUCCGAUACAUCGUGUGCUUACACGUCACAACGGGGUUUCUUGUCUAUCAGAUCAGGCUCAGCGGCCUACACCAUAACCAAUUCCCAUUAGCGCCCAUGAGAGGGUUGACGAAACCCCCAGACGGCCCGCCACAAGGCGCUCGAUGGGCCGCCCCGUCUGGCCAUCUAUCCGGCUCCGGAUGCCUGAUACCGCAUGUCCAUCCCGUGCCGCCGACCAAUGGCCCCGAGUCUAGCGAUACAAGAAUGCCGGAUUCCCCAGUCACGCAUGCCUUUUAUCUCUCUCUCCCUCUACUGCAAGGCUUCCCUUUGGAAAGGGAAACCUUCCUGUCCUCGCGUGAGGAGCCGGUUGGCUGGAAGCCAUGCCAACCGCCGCGCUUGGAUGGGAAAGGGAGGGGGCAUAUUCUUCCAUUUGGUGUUUGGUCAAUUCUGCUUCGCGAAGCAGCAUGCCCAUCAUCCAUCCCGAGGACCAUUGGAGAGGAGACGCAUAUGUGGAAGCAGGCUAUAAGACAACAAGAAGGAAAUAAGGUAGAUGUUCCGGUCUCUCAGACCGGGGAGACGGGCUCGCGUGCGGGAAUGGACAUGCAGAACCGGAGAGGGAGUGAAGACGUGCAGCUCGGCGCUUGUCGAACGCCCAAUAAACGGAGCGGUGGAGACCUUCCCAGACAAGAGGCGCUCACGCACUCUAGAAAGGAGGGGGGAGACGUGAACGUCGGAAGAGAAGGGGGGUUACGGGCGGGAGAAUGUAAGCCCAGUAUCAGAUGCGGCGGCUACCCUCAAUCCCCCCUCUCGACUCUGUUACGUUUCUUCGUGAGGGUCACCUGGAGGCAUCAUGGUGUUGCCAUCGAGAUUCUCAUCGCAAGGAUGGAAGCUGUAGUAAGGAAUCGGAGAGCUGUCCAGGCCAAGGUUAUCGAGAAGCACUUCACCGCCACAAAAGGCAGCGAUACUACUAGCAAGCUAGCGAUGGACCGGCUUCAGCCUACGCCUACGCAGGAGCUUUGUCCUAUUCUCGACGAAAAUGCCUCUUUCCUCAACGCCUCAUCGACCGCAGACAAGUUCCUGGAUUUUACUCCUAGAGAUGGGAUGGCAUCCCAUGCCCUUCACAAGUUGAGGGUGGUAACCGGCGGCUGUCAUUGGAGACGUGAAUGGGAAUCUGUUGGCGCGGUAUCCGCUUUUCACUUCGCGAAUCUCAUCGUUGAUAGGCUAUCGGCCGGGUCCCUGGAGCAAGGUGUUACUGGUACACAUAGUUGGCACAACGUUUGCUGGGAACUCCCGGUUGUCGUGGCGCAACUUGAGCGGUUUUCUCCUGAAGAUUUUCACGGGAGCGUUGGAGGCCAUUCUCUGAAGAGUUUCGGCAAUGGCGAAGCGGACGGCAUGUUCUUUUGCUCAGAAAAUGGUGACCCAAAGCAGACGCGUAUCGGUAUGUUCCGCAGCUCAAAGUCGUUGGCCGCUCACUUCUCAGUCUCACCUCACUCACUCAGCGAUAGGCGAGCAGGCUGCUGCAUCUCUGACGGCCGAUCGUUGCCCCACACCAAUCUGAUCGAGCUACAACCCACAACAAGGAGGGAUGAAAGCGUUGUGAUCGACCAAAGGCUGAAGGCAGCUUUUGGCGCUGCCGUGCUGGAGAUACUACAAAAGCUGUUAAACUUGGUCGGAUAUCCACACCAGUGCGGCACCAGCCAGCUGAUCAUCCGCGGUGGAGAAGACGGACCUAGGCCCGCUCGCGCACGAGACAGGACGAGACGGGACGAUUCGGUUCCUCUCGAACUAUUGGCCCAGACGGCGCUGACCGCUAAAACUGUCAAGCUCGGUGAUGAUGCUGAGGGUAUCAACGCCAAAGAGCGGUUCGAGGUCGUUAUCCGUUGA